GUCAAAAUGGCGGAAAUAGCAACAAAGUUUGAUCUCUCAUCGGUGGGCCUUUGCAGGCCGAUAGGCAAGGCAUAAUUCACAAAACCGAUAGCCCAUUACGAUGUCAUGUCAGCCUCGUAAUCAGCGGAAUGCUGAUCCAUUUGCUGUAAGACCAUUGCCAAAGUCAUUUUAUUUCCCAAGUCCCUCAAAAGAUGUUGAUAAAAGACAGGCAAUUCACAGUCCAGAAAGGAAACAGAUGGAUAAGAAGUCUGCUAUGGAAGAACAAUUUCUCUUUGGAACAAACACCUUCAGAACAAGUGCUAUGCCCAAUGUGAAGUCACUUGGUAUUUCAGAUGAGUUCCCGGCUCAUAGUUCCAGCACGAGAGAUACCGCUGGAGAAAGUGACAACUUUGAGGAGGGUUGGCCUGGCAGCGAAGUGUGUGGAGGUGCAUUGACAGACACUAGCAAUGACAUUUCUGCAUUGUCUGGAAAUGAAAUCUUACAAAUACAGGAUAGAACUGCAGGUGUUGGUCCUUCCUCGCAGGAGGAGCAAACUGAGUCUGUGCUUCAAAGAUAUAUUGACAGAUUCAGGCAUUCUGCACCCAAGUCUAGAGAAGAACGUUUGAAAGAACGGGAACAAAGGAAGCAGGAGUUUUGGUGGCUCCAAAAGUCGUCUCCAGAUGUGGGGGAUAAAAUGUCUGAAAAAAAAUUGUCACAGUCCAACGAUUCCCCUGUCCAGAUGGACAGGCCAAAGCUGACUCGCGAAGCUUUGCUAGCGAUGGAUGAGGAAACCUUGAUGUUACAGAAGAAAGCAGACAAACUUCUUUCUCAGAGUGAGGCGAGCUUUGCUACCUCGGGUCCCAUAGUCAGCACAGAAGGUCUGGGAACGUCAACUUCGUUAAGUGACUUCAGUGUCGCUGAAGAUCAAGUGCCUUUCAGACCAGCAUUUGUCAGCAUUCAAGAGAGAGUUCUCAGACCUAGCACACAUUACCCGCCUGUUCUGAAUAAACAAUCGCAAAGACCCUUAAACGAGUUUAAAUCAGCUGGUGAUGACAUCCUUACCAGAUGGAGACUCCGGAGGAAAAUGGAAGAUGCUCACAAACCAUCUGUUGGUGGCAUGCAGCCAGAGCCAUCGAGACACACUUCUCUGGACCCUAGACUGGAAGAAUUUAGGAAAAAACUGUUUGCUCAGAAAGCACAGAUCAUUCAGCACGACAUUGACUAUGAGCGGCAGAAGAUGAAGUUGAUGCUGGAUGAUUCUGAUGAAAGCACACAAAAAAUGUCGGCAAACCACACGCCUCUAGAAGAUAACCUCAUGGCGAAUUCUGAUGGAAAGAUUGAUGAUCCCGUGCUGAGAAGACUUCGUCAAGUUACAGAAGGAAAACAAGGUUUGCAGAACAUGCAGAAAAGUAACCAGUCUCAUGAUGUGAAAUGUCAAAGUCUUCAAUCUGCCACGGAAGUGCCUCCUUGUGGAAGAGAUGAUAAUGCUAAUAACAUUCAAAAGCAACGGCAUAAAGUAGGAGGUCAGAGAACUGAGCUGGAGCCUGUUAGACAUUUGGAUGUGAAUAACACAGCUUCUGUCAGUGCAGAGGUUGAAGAACCUGGCUCUGUUUCCAUUGAUAAGUUUGAGUCCCAGGUUAUGUGUGAUCCCAGAAAGAAGUCCCAUGUCCUGCAGUCAAGGCAGAGUACUACAUCUACGACCAAAGGCAAAACCUGUUCGCAACAGAAGGUGCUAGAAGAUGACCUUGUCCCGAAAGAAGGCAAACAUGAUAAUGUUAAUGUUGGUCUUGGUGAGAAAGACAAUUUAUCGAAUCCAAAGUUAAAAUUGCAUGUGAAGGAUGGACAUGAAAAGUUUUCGAGUGGAGAGAAGAAUUUGGCUUUGAAGAAAGCUAAUAAUGUGGAAGAGGUGGAAAUGGAGGAAAAUUUGUCACUCAAAGGCUCUUCCCACAGUGGUCACAUCUUUCACCAAGUUUUAGAAGCUGAGAAACCGAGUGAAGAAUUCAACAAGUCAUUCAGUAUUGAAAGUGAAAGAGAAGAUAUUCAAUCUGUCUACAGUAGUGAUUUAUCAUUUGAAAACAAACAGUCAGAUAAGAGGUCCAAAACUACACAACAUCAGCAUCGUCAGUCGUCUGUGCCCUCCGGAGGGCCUGAUGAGACUGAAAGAGAUAAACGUAUAGGUUCAAAGAAGUCAUCUCGUAGAGUACAAAGUGCAAAAGACAUUGAAGAAGAGAAAUCAGGUGUGCAGUCUAGAUUAAGAAAAGCAAAAAAGAAAGGGAAGAGGGAUGGAAGUGAAAAAAGUGAAAAUAAUUCAGAAGAAAGUGACAUUUUGACGUAUGUCACAUCUGAUUCAGAAAAGCCUAGUUCCAUUACUGAAACAGACUUGAAACGUGACCUAACACCUGUGCAAAAGGCGGCGGUAGAUGUGGCAAACGAUCAACACAGAUACAGAGCUGCUGUCAGUAACAGUGGGCAGAAACUGCCUGCUCCCAGGGGUAGUAAUCAGCUGGUGGAUGUGUCAAGACCAUCUAUGGUGCGUCCGUCUUCCAGUCAGAGUCCUUCAGGGGCUGUACCAAAGAGGCAGCCUGUGCAGGCAGCCAUUGGGCAGACCAUCGCUGAUCACUUGUUUGAUGGUUCAGCUCUGAUCUCCAGUGUGGACAGCUGGGCUUCAGCGUUUCCCAUGUCCCCUGCUCCAUCUCGCUCGCUUCAAGAGACACUUCUCACCUCACCGUCUCCGACAAAACAAGACCCAGCUCCACUUCAGAGCACACCGCUUCCCUCAGACUCAACUGUGAUGAAAGGCUAAUUGAAGCAAAACUACAAGAAAAGCAAGGAAGAUAGCAGUUGCAUUUUUAAAUCUGAAUUUCAGGAUGGCUCACACAAUAAAGUGCCUUCUUUUGAAUAUCAAAUUGGUACUUCUCAAAAAUUAUUAUUUAGGUGGGUGGGAUCCUUUUAAAAUGUCCCAGCUAUUUGUUCGAUUCUUUACUGUUACUAUGUAAAUUGUAAAUAUAUAUGCAAAUAUGUAAUAUUUAAUUAAUAAAUUAUUAUUGAAUGGUAA